UUGAUUUAAAUAGUGGAGUAGGGUGCUGUAUUUUUUGGAGGGUAAAGUUAGAUGGUAGGGUAUUUGUUUAUUUAUUUUUCAAGUGAAGUAUAAGGCAGAUGUACUCCAGUGUAGUAGGUUACGGCAAUGCAACAUAUUAAACCCCAUCGAAGAAGAUCAACAAAAAGUCGGAACCUUUGUACCUAUAGUAUGCGUUUCAGUCCGGCAGAAUUUAUGUGAAACUCAUAGCACACCAACGCCGCAAGAAAUUUAUCGCUUUACUGACAGAUUAGUCUGUUUUGUAAAGCAGAAAUAUGUCUAUAUUUACACCAACAAACCAGAUCCGACUCACAAAUGUGGCGGUGGUGAGGAUGAAAAAGGGAGGAAAACGGUUUGAAAUUGCCUGCUACAAAAAUAAAGUGAUGAGCUGGAGAUCUGGAGCAGAGAAGGACCUGGAUGAAGUGUUGCAGACCAGUUCUGUUUUCAAUAAUGUUUCCAAGGGUCAGGUUGCCAAGAAAGAUGAUAUGUCAAAAGCCUUUGGAACAGAUGACCUGACAGAGAUAUGCAAAGAAAUUUUAGCUAAAGGAGAACUCCAGGUUUCAGAUAAGGAGAGGCAGAGCCAGUUAGAGACAAGUUUCAGAGACAUUGCAACCAUCGUGGCGGAGAAGUGUGUGAACCCAGAGACCAAGCGACCAUACACAGUCAACCUCAUAGAGCGGGCCAUGAAGGAUAUCCACUACUCUGUCAAGGCCAACAAGAGCACCAAGCAGCAGGCUCUGGAGGUGAUCAGGCAGCUGAAGGAUUCCAUAGAGAUCCAGAGGGCCCACAUGAGGCUGAGGCUGGUGCUGCCGGCCAAGGAGGGCAAGAGGCUGAAGGAGAAACUCAAACCCCUCCUCAAGGUGGUGGAAAGUGAAGACUUUGACGACCAGCUAGAGAUGGUAUGUCUGGUGGACCCAGGCUGCUUCAGGGAGAUAGAUGAGUUGAUCCGCUGUGAGACGAAAGGUAAAGGUUCCCUGGAGGUGCUCAGUCUGAAGGAUGUGGAAGAGGGAGACGAGAGGCUGGAAUAACCUUCACACAGAGCACUACAGGACUACAUACAUACACUAUCUUACCACCACCGUUGCCACACAAACUGCAAACUCUUCAUUAAAGAGAACGCUAUUUCUAAUAUCAAUGGAUCCCAUCUCAUUUCCAGCCUCUGUUUAUUUGAAGAUAAUUAUUUAACUGAACAGAAUAUAUUUUUUCCUGCCCUACGUACAACUACUGGAUGUAUAGUCUCUUGUGACAGCUGAUUUGCCUCUGGGUCUCGAUUGCUGGAUGUAUGACCUCUUGUAAGUUGCAUGAUGCUUUAGCUGGAGGUUGAUGGAAACCUAAAUUCAAACAUUGAGAUGCUCUGUAUUUCUUUAGUUUACAAAACAAGUUUGAGGCUUGUCAGGUAUUGAUCAGUUUUUCACUACAUAUUCUGAGUUUUGGCAAACACUGACAAGCCAUUUUCAAUCAUUAUAUUGACCCAUGCAACAUCAGACGCAGCUUGUGCAAGUUAAUAAACACGUAAUCAGAUGGUUAACGUCUACAACAUUGGAGGAUUGAUUACCUAGCAAGCCAUCAAGGCAAGGUAAAAUAUCACAAAGGGAGCUAGAUAAAGCCAGAAGAAUAAUAUACUUGUUGAACGUAGCUAUAGCCAUCAGUCUUGUGUUUUGAUCACUCACUCCUAAGUUUGUCAAGGCCCUGACAACAGUGUAUAGCUAUUUUGCCAGGGCUUUUUGCUGCGAUCAUGUGCGUGCACCACUUGAAUGUGACCUUUGCUUAUGAACAAAAAAUGGCUCUAUAUAAUUGAAUUAAGUUACUUUUGUGAGUCAACUUCUACUCAAGUAAUUAAUAUGGUUUUGACCCUGCCUUUCAUUUUACCCAGUGUGGCAUUUCACCAUACUUAUGAUGAAGUCAUAUUUUAUUAUUAAUAAUAAUAACCCCUUCAUUUAUAUAUUCUUUCACAAGUCUUUUCUUAUAAACAAUUGCAAAUAAAAAUGUAAUAAUUUCA